GUUGGGCAGACAAAAAGUAACUUUCAACGAGGAGAAUGUGAGCGAAAAAAAUGGCACAAGUUUUCUUUUUGUUGUGCUUGUGUUUGUAAAGAAUAAAUGCGACUCUGAUUUCGUUUCUUUCAUGUUCCAGCAUGCCGAUUCAGCCUUUUCCUAUUUUUUUUCUUCCUGGCUUCAAUCCAUCGUCACAAGAACCAACUUCGUCUAUCGUCACCUUUGGAAGUUUUUAUAUUGCGUCUCGAGACCAAUAAAGGCAAAGUAGUCAACAUGUCUACCGAACGUCAGCUGGACAAAGCGUUGCUCGCCGGGAGCUCGUCUCCCUCCAGCCCCUCCGCUGCCAGACCCGCAGCUCCUAAGGAGGAAAAAGCUAGCGGAAGCGGCACGACACCAGCUUCCAGCAGCGCCGAGGCGGCCCGCAACGCGUUGGAGCAGGCCCAGUCUUUGGACGAGCGGGUGAGCAAGGCGCGCAGCAGUCUGCAGAGCAUGCUGGCAGAUUUGAGCAAGACAAAGGAGGGCAUACAGGAGGCGCAGAAAGUGAACCGGUCAAACCGGAGCGCCAGUGUAUGAGAGUGCACACCCCCCCCCUCAUUUGUAAUGCAAAAUCCCAAAUCCAGCUGAUGCCUUGUGGCAUGAUUUGCAUGACAAAUACGCAGCACUAUGCAUUACACUCGGCGCGUAAUCUAUUGAUACGCAGGCUGCUCUUGUGUUGGUGGUUGUAUUGCUGUUCAUGCCAUACAAAUGAGGGGGACGAAGGGGAGUUGUGCACUCUCAUACAGUGCGGAUUUGGACGCGAAGUGGCAGCAGUUUCAAGAGGCAUUCGACGAGGCGAAUCGCCGGCUCAUCGGCGCGAUCGCGCAGGGGCUGCAAAGUGAGAACAUCGUGCCGGGGCAGGGGCGCAUCAUGCCUAGUUCGAUUGUCAGUACUAAUCUAGAUAAUUGCUGCGUAACUUGUACUUUUGCUACUGGUUGUGCUAGAAGUCGUCGUCUUGGUCCAGGUAGUGAUCAUUCUUGUUGCAGCCCAUACGGUCAAUUUGGAUCGUCUCGAAAUCUUCAUGGAGUUGGUCUGUCGUGUUCACCUGCUCAUUGCAUGCCGGGCUUCUCGAAGCCACCAAGGAAUAAUUUUCGAGUUUCCAUGGACAGAAUGGAAUCAAAAAUCUGACGCUGCCCUGCUCGAGUCCUUUCUGCAAAGCGUCUCUCUGCACGAUCGAAUUAGAAAAAAAUAGCGGUCGUGGAACAUGCUCUUCAAAUAUUAUCAGGCCAUCCAAAUUGAACCCAAGUGAAAGCCCGGUAUCGGUCGUCCUAAUAUCACUUUCGUGUUAUUGUCGUCUACGUACACCCCUUUGAAUCUUCUUGAAGCAGGCGUGAAUUGCUACAACUGAUAAAGUUAAAGAUUCCUUUUGUACCGCCGUAACCAACGAGUGCGAGCAUACCGAACGGUAAUAUUCUGAUCUGAUCUGAUUCCUCCCUGCAAUUCCUAGUAUUGCAGCACUUUGGUACUACAGCUACUUGAACAUACUUGGGAGAUAGCUUAUACUUUUGUACAACACGAAUUCUCGGUUUCGUAUCGGAUUCUGUACCCCCUACGAAUUCUCCAAACCUUUUCGACUGAAAACAAACUACGGCACAUCUUCAACCAUGGUGCGUCGAAUUGAUCCCACAAAAUGAGACACAGUCAUCGAGUGUGAUUGUGACAGUUGGGGCGAAAAAAUGUUCGAUAGUUUUCUCAUACUUGAAAAACCAGAGGACACCUCCUGGUAUGACACGAUUCCGUAUCAAAUGCAAAAAUGUCUGGGUCUGGAAACUUGUAACGCUAACGCUGGGCGGCGUAUCAUGAGGAGGCUACAAGUGCUGGCUCAGCAUGACAAGUUUCUGAGCUUCUUGGUGUUGCCUAUUCUGCAUGACAAACUGCGUUUCUGCAUGACAGAAAAAUGGGGGUCUUGGGUAAUGUGCAUGACAAAUUUAGGAGUCAUGUGAGACAAGCAUGACAAACUUGCAUUCUUCCAGACCCAGACAUUUUUACAUUUGAUAUUCCGGAGGAGGAACGCGCGGCCGUGUUUAACGACGACAUAUCGCUGAAGACCCUGGCCGACAAGAUCCGCAAGGGGCUAUGGAAGGAUCUGGUCGUGUAUCAAAAGGAAAAUUCCCUUCUGCCCAUACUAAAACGGAGAUUUGUGUAGCAUGAUUUGUGGCCACAAAUCAUGUUGCCAUGCUAGAAAGCAAAAGAUGCGGACUGGAGUGCUCGCUUGCGUGGGAAAGAAAGCCUUGCAUCUUCAGCAUGACAGGAUGCAACUGGAACUGGAGAGCAGUAUGACAAAUUGCCUGAAAUUGAGGCCACAACUGUGCUUCUUGGACUUCUAGCAAUACAAGUAGAUUUCUGUACGCAAAUCCAGCAUCACAGGUGUCCUUUUCAAUAUGGGGAGGGGGGAUUUUUUUCUCACGAUAUCGCGAUGACGGGCGCGGGGAUUUCCGUCAGCGCCGGGAUUCCGGAUUUUCGGAGCAAGAACGGGCUUUACGAAAAGCUGCGGCGCGAGCACGGCAUGUCCCGACCCGAGUCCCUGUUUGACAUCAGCUACUUUAAGCAAAACCCGGAGCCUUUCCGCGAGCGGGCCUUGGAAAUGCUACCCGGGAAAUUCGCGCCCACGGUCACGCACUUUUUCUUGCAGCUCCUGCUGCAGAAAGACCUGCUGCGCCGCGUGUACACGCAGAACAUCGACACCCUGGAAAAGCAGGCGGGGUUGCCGGACGAAAAAGUGGUCUACGCGCACGGGUCCUUCGCCGACGUGCACUGUGUGGAGUGCGGAGCGCAGGUGUCGCUGACAAAAUGGAGGGAAGAUAUCGAAAAGGGCAUAGUGCCAAGGUAGGGAUAGGAUUUUGCGAAUCGUCGAGAAUGUUGUUGAACACGGUUGAUAUAAUUCUUUGGGAAUUUUGGCGACGAAAAAAACAUCGAGCCGAACUUCUCGUUUGGAGGCACCAGUUGAUGUGAGUAUACAUCAUUUUCAUUUUUUUCAUUUUCAUAAAAUUUAUCGGUACAUACAGGUGUAGCGCCAUCGUGAAAAAGCGAAUCCGCAACCUCGAAUUUGUCGCGCAGCAAACAGACGAAAACAACCCCCCGACAUCUACUUCGCCCGAUGCGGAGGAGGACGAUAACCCCGAGGCCUUCAAGACCGUGGAGGAAUCCUGCAAUGGGCUGGUGAAGCCGGACAUUGUCUUUUUCGGCGAAAAUCUGCCCGACCGCUUUCACCAGCUGCGGAAGGCGGACUUCAAAGCUGCCGACUGCGUGCUCGUGCUCGGUACCAGCCUGCAGGUGGCGCCCUUCAACCGGCUCAUCACGCACUGCGACCUGAAGACCCCCCGGGUUUUGAUCAAUAACGAGAUGGUCGGGACCUGCAAGGACUUUGGCACCGGCGGUUUCCAGUUCGAACACGAAAAAAACUUCCGGGACCUGUUUCUAUCAGGCAGCUGUGACGACGUUGUGCGCGAACUCGCUGAGGAGCUGGGCUGGGCCAAGGAGUUGGAGGACCUGCAGCGGAACUUUUCGCGGGGCGGGGACGGCUGGAAGCUCAUGGUUGACAACCAACCAAAGGACGGCAGCUGACGUUUGUCCUAAAGAACAUGUUGAGUAGACCUCCGAUGUUGCAAAUGAAAUCAUAGUGAAGAGGGAAAUAAUGCUGCUGAUGAUUACUACAACAGGUCCAGGUGUAGUAUGCGAGUACUAGCAUUUGAAACGUCGGGGUUACCGAUCAUGAACACUAAAAUGUACACGAAUGAACAUUGACACAACCUCGCAACAGCUUUAGAAUUUGAGGCGGGCUCUAUGUCUCGAGGUCGGCGUUCAU